AGUUUGUUCCUUGGUUGCCAAGCAUUUGUGCAUAUAACAUGGAACCUUAUCCCAACAUCAAGUAAGAAAGCCAUGGAUAUUCUCCUACUUUCAAUUCCCCUCCUUCUACUUUCUCUCCUCUUCGCCUUCAACUUUCUCCAAACCCCUCAUCGCCUCAACCUCCCACCAACACCACUCUUCUCCCUUCCACUAAUAGGCCAUUUCCAUCUCCUCAAACACCCCCUCCACCGAUCACUCCACGCCCUCUCACAAAAGCACGGCCAUGUCAUCUCACUCCGAUUCGGCUCACGCCUUGUCGUAGUCAUCUCCUCCCCCUCAGCCGUUCAAGAAUGCUUCACAAAAAACGACAUCAUUCUCGCAAAUCGCCCAUUGCUCGACACCGGAAAGUACUUAGCAUACAACCACACAACCCUCGCCGUCUCACCUUACGGCGAGCACUGGCGCAACCUCCGCCGGAUUUGCUCCCUCGAGAUAUUCUCAACCAACCGCCUCAAUAUGUUCGUGGGUAUCCGAGAAAAUGAAGUGAAACGGUUGCUGAGGAAGUUAUGUGGGGAUUGGUCGGAAGAGUUUAGGGAAGUGGAAUUGGAGCCGAUGUUGUCGGAUCUUACUUUCAACGUUGUUAUGGGAAUGGUGGGUGGAAGGAGGUUUUAUGAUGAGGGGUAUUCGAAGAAGUUUAGAGAUUUGGUGACACAAAUUAUGGCGCAUGGUGGGUCGUCGAAUCCGGGUGAUUUCAUACCCUUAUGGAAUUGGGUUGAUCCAACUGGUUUUAAGAAGAGGAUAAUGAAUCUUGCCCGAAGAGGAGAUGAACUUCUUCAAGAACUAAUUGAUGAAGCUCGAGAUGGAAAGGAUGGAGGGAACACUAUGAUUCAUCAUUUACUUUGCUUGCAGAAAGAUGAGCCGGAGUAUUAUAGUGACCUUAUUAUCAAAGGACUUAUUCAAGUUAUAUUCUUAGCGGGGAUUGACACGUCAGCUGUGACAUUAGAAUGGGCGCUAUCGCAUUUGCUCAACAAUCCAGACGUGUUAAAGAAAGCAAGAGCUGAGAUAGAUGAUUUGAUAGGAAAAGAGCGGCUAGUGAAUGAAAGUGAUCUUCCAAAUUUAAAGUAUCUUCAAGGAAUAAUCUCAGAGACAUUGCGGUUGAACCCAGCAGCUCCUCUUCUUGUGCCACACUGUGCAUUUCAAGACUGCAAAAUAGAAGGAUAUGAUGUUCCUCGUGACACAAUUGUGUUGAUUAAUACUUGGGCUAUACAUAGAGACCCAAAUCUAUGGGAAGAUCCCACGGCGUUUAAACCAGAAAGACAUGGUGACACGAGUGGAGCUGAUUCUUACAAGCUACUACCAUUUGGGUUGGGGCGGAGAGCUUGUCCUGGUGUGGGAAUGGCGCAACGUGUGGUUGGCUUAGCUUUAGCUUCGUUGAUACAAGGCUUUGAAUGGGAAAGAGUGAGCAGCUCGUUGGUUGAUAUGAGUGAAGGUCAAGGGCUCACUAUGCCCAAAGCUCAACCAUUGGUAGCCAAGUGUAAACCACGACCAAUCAUGAAAGCCAUUAUGAACGUAGAAAUUGAUAAUAUUUGAAAUGUAUAACUUCCAAAACCAAUAAAACAAAUUAUAAUAUUUGUUCUUA